AUGGCAUCGCCGACAGUGGUCUUCAUCACAGGUGCAAGCAGAGGCAUCGGAAAAGCCCUGACAAAAGCCUACCUCUCACUCCCAGACCACACCGUUGUUGCCGCGCUCCGCACCACCAAAAGUCCUCAAGCAGACCAACUACGCGCCUUAUCCGUUGCCCCGGGCACGCAACUCCACCUCGUAGCCAUCGAAAACACCUCCUCCACAGAUCCCAAUGCCGCCAUCGCCCGACUUACCUCCACUGAUGGCGGUGGCAUUACGCACAUCGACAUCGUGAUCGCCAACUCCGCCAUUUCCAUCGGCGGCGGCCCGCUAGAUUCUGUGGACCCGAAGGACUUGACCGAGAGCUUUAACACCAACGCUGUCUCCAAUUUGAUUCUGUUCAGCGCGGCACGCGCUCUGUUGGAACGCUCGAGCGAGCCCAAGUGGAUUGCCGUCUCCACGCGGCCCUUCUAUCCCUAUGCUGCGGCGUACGGCAUGUCCAAGGCGGCGCAGAAUUGGUUCACGCAAGCACUGCACGCCGGCAAUCCAUCGCUCAUCGCGUUCGCGGUCCAUCCGGGCUUCGUCGCCACUGAUAUGGGCAUCGGCGCUGCAAAAGGGGCCGGCAUUGCUCUACCGGAAACCUCGCCCGAACAAAGCGCCAAGAAUAUUAUACGACUGAUCGAUGCCGCAACGCGUGAGUGCAGUUCGGGGAAAUUCUUCGAUGCGGAUACUGGGGAGGAGAUUCCUUGGUAG